UAUAAAUGUGUAUCCUAUGUAAUUAUUUUUAUUCUACAUUAUAAUGAUGCAGCUCUGUGUGGACCUACCUUGGAUAAUACUGCUGCUUCAGUUGGCUACUUUGGUUUAUGGUUGUUCAUAUGGUCAAUUGCGUUUAGUAAAUGGAUAUACUGCUGCUGAUGGACGUGUAGAGAUAUGUAUUAACAAUACAUGGGGAACAGUUUGUGAUGAUUACUGGACUGAUACUCAUGCUAAAGUUGUAUGUAGGCAAUUGGGAUACUCCACUACUGAUGCAGUGCAUUAUAAAAUGGGAUAUUUUGGUGAAGGUAGUGGAGAAAUAUUCUUAGAUAAUGUAAAGUGCGGUGGAUUUGAGUCAUCCUUGCUGUUGUGUGGGCAUGCUCCAAUCGGAAUUAAUAACUGUGAUCAUUAUGAGGAUGUUGGUGUAGCAUGUUUACAACAAGGUUGUUAUGAUGGUGAGCUUCGUUUGGUUGGUGGAGAUUCUUUUAAUGAAGGAGACAUUGAGUUAUGUAUUGACUAUACUUGGGAACUUAUUUGUGCUGAUAAUUGGACACACAAUAACACUGAGGUUGUCUGUAGAGAAUUAGGAUAUUCAACUCUUGGUGCUGUGUACUAUAAUUCAACUGACCUUAGCUCAGCCAACAGACUUGAGCCUUUCAUAAAUGAUGUAAAAUGUGAUGGAUCUGAGAAUGCAUUAAUUGACUGCAGCUACAACUUCAGUGCAGAUUGUAGCAUGCAACCACAUGUUAGUGUCAAGUGCUCACAGCCAAAAUGCAAUGAUGGCCAGCUACGUCUAAUUGAUGGGAACACUCCAAAUGAAGGACGUUUAGAGAUAUGUGUGAACAACACUUGGGGAACAGUCUGUGAUGACUAUUGGACUAAUACUAAUGCUGAUGUUGCAUGUAGACAAUUAGGUUACACUACAAUUGGGAACUUUUAUCGUAAUAGGGCAUACUUUGGAAUGGGUAAAGGAACUAUUUGGCUAGAUAAUGUGAGAUGCCUUGGAUUUGAAAAAUCACUACUUCAUUGUGGGCAUCACAUAAUUGGAACAGGCAACUGUGAACACAAGGAAGAUGUCAGUGUACUAUGCUAUGACAUUGAUCCAACUUAUAACAAAACAGUCUGCAGUUCUGUGCUAGAUCAUCAGUUAUGGGCUAAAAUGAGUGCUCAGGGUAAAUGUGAACCUUACUUUACAAGAAACAUACCAUCAAUAUGUGAUGCAGUCUUCACUGAAUUUGACUAUGUUUACAUGCCCAAAACUCAAACACAAGGUCAACCACGGGUUAGAGGAUUUUUGGAAUAUAUAACUAGUUACUUUACCUUUACUGGAGAGUGCUACUACAAGGCUGUAAAGGCUCUUUGUACUUAUUACUAUUUACCAUGUGGCUUCAAUGGUACCGUACAUGUUCCAAGAUUUUUAUGUCCUGAUAUGUGUACCGAAGCAUCAAACAAUAUGUGCUCUGCUGGUUGGAGGACUCUUCGUGCUGUUACUUUACUUUAUAAUGAUUACGAAAGCAGUUUAGGCCUACCACAUUGUAAUAACACACAGGCUUUAAUUCGAAAUUUAAACCUGAAAGAUGAUUGUUGUUUUAAAGAAGUUGAGAUUACAGGUUGUUCAUAUGGUGAGCUUCGUCUUGUCAAUGGAAAUACUCCUAAGGAAGGCAGAGUGGAGAUCUGCAUUGACAUCAGCUGGGGAACUGUUUGUGAUGACUACUGGUCUAACAUUAAUGCUGAUGUUGUGUGUAAACAAUUAGGAUACUCUACAGUUGGUAGUGUGUAUCGUAAUAGAGCAUUCUUUGGAGCUGGUAAUGGUAGAAUAUGGCUAGAUGAUGUGAGAUGCAUAGGCUCUGAGACUUCAUUGCUUGAUUGUCAGCACAAAGCAAUUGGGGAAAAUAACUGUGAACACAAAGAGGAUGUUAGUGUUAUGUGCAUUGAUACUGAUCCAUCAAAUAAUAAAACUGUUUGUAGUACAAAUUUGGAUGAUGAUGUUUGGUCUAAGAUGAUUACUCAAGGAAAAUGUGAACCUUACUUCAAAAGAAAUGUACCAUCAAUGUGUGAUUCUAUUUUCACAGAAGACGAUUAUGUAUACAUGCCUAACACACAAACACAUAGUCAACCACGUGUCAGAGGCUUCAUUGAAUACCUCACCAAUCGCUUCCCUUUCAAAUCAGAUUGCUACAAUAUAGUUAUCACAACACUUUGUACACAUUAUUACCUAUCUUGUGGCUACAAUGGUACAACACAUGUUCCAAGAUUUUUAUGCCCUGACGUGUGUACUUAUGUAUCAGAACAUUUGUGUCCUGAUGGUUGGAGGACUCUAAAAGAUCUAUCAUCUAAAUAUAGUAGUUACUCUGAUAGCUUAAGGUUGCCAGAAUGUAAUAAUACUGAUAGCUUAAUUAAAAAUUUACAUAUUGCAAGUGACUGUUGCUCUAAUGGUGGAAUUAUGCUGCCAUCGUAUUGCUCUGAUGGUGAGAUCCGUUUGGUCAAUGGAACUUCUGGUAAUGAAGGUCGCCUUGAGAUUUGUCUUAACAGAAGCUGGGGAACCAUCUGUGAUGAUGGUUGGACUAAUAAUGAUGCUGAGGUUGUAUGCAGACAAUUAGGAUAUUCUACUACUGGUGCUGUAUAUCGUGACAAGUCAUAUUUUGGUGGAGGAAACGGGAGUAUUCAUUUAACUGAUAUUGAUUGCAAUGGAAAUGAAAAUUUGUUCCUUCAGUGUUCCCACACAAGAAAAACCACAAAUUGCAAUCACAAUGAAGAUAUUGGUAUAAUUUGUUUUGAUAUAGAUACAUCAGAUAAUGAAACAAUUUGUAAUACUGACUUGGAUCACACAUUCUGGAAUAAAAUGAAUACUGAAGGAAGAUGCGAGCCAUACUACAAGACAACAAAUCCAUCAGUCUGUGAUGCAGUUUUCACUGAGCAAGACUAUGUGUACACAGGGCAGAUUUUUGGACAACCAGAUAUAAGGGAUUUUAUGGAGCAUUUAACUAAUGUAUUCCCUUUCACAGGACAGUGUCAUGAACUAGCAGCUAAGGCUCUCUGCAAUUACUACUAUGUACCAUGUGGUUAUAAUCGUACAAUACAUGUUCCAAGAUUUUUGUGUCCUAAUGAAUGUGACUACGUAUCAAGACAAUUGUGUUCUAAAGGCUGGGAAGUAUUUCUAAAAGUUUGUAAGAGCUAUAAAUACCAAACUCUUAGAUUUGAGACUCCAGAGUGUAACAAUACUGACAAUUUUAUUGAUUUUCUUAAUUUGACCAGUGACUGCUGCACUGGUGGAGGAAUCAUUAUUCAAGGAACACCAGCACCACCUAGUGUUAUGAGCACUAGUUUACCAAUAGCUACUAUAAUAUCUUCCUCACUUGCAGCUUUGUGUUGUUUGGUCUUAAUCAUUGUUCCAAUUUUGUGCAUUGUAAAAAGAAAGAAAGCGAAGAACCGCAGGCUAUUGAUGAAUAAUAUGCUAUUACUGGAAUCACGAGAGUCUGUUCGAUAUUUUGCUGCUGAAGAAGUCAUUGAUUUUCCAAGAAAAAAGAUAUUGGCAUCUGACAAUAUUUCUCCAUCACAUAUGAGUGAACUUUCAAAAUAUAUAAUCCCUGGAGAUAAACUAGUACUGGAAGAAACUGUUGGACAAGGAGAAUUUGGCAUAGUUUACAGAGGAAUAAUGACAAAUGAUAAAUGUGUACCACAGGCAGUGGCUGUAAAAACAUUAAAAGGAUUGUACUCAAAAAGUGACAUUGAAGAUAUUGUCAGCGAAUGCAUAAAGAUGUCAAAUUUUGAUGACCUUAAUGUUCUUUCUCUUAUUGGAGUGUGUUUAGACCUUGGGCCAGCUCCAUAUAUUGUCAUGCCAUUCAUGUCCAGAGGAAGUUUACUGUCAUACCUAAAGAAGGAGAGGCCUAAUCUUACAGUAUCUGAUACUAGUGAAGAGGAUGUUAUACUAAACGUCAGGAAACAGUUACUCUCAAUUUGUUUGCAAGUUGCUAAUGGAAUGUCUUACUUGGCAUCACAUAACUUCAUACACCGUGAUUUGGCUGCUAGAAAUUGCAUGAUUGAUGAUGAAGGAAUUAUUAAGGUUGCUGACUUUGGUCUAUCAGAAGAAGUACACGGUCAAGAUUAUUUUAGACAAUCAUCAAAAGAGGAAAGUGGUUCAGCACCAGCCAAGCUUCCCAUUAAAUGGAUGGCUUUAGAAAGUCUUCAUGAUGGAGUAUUUUCUGUGAAGACUGAUGUAUGGUCUUACGGUGUAUUGUGCUGGGAAGUGUUUAGUCUUGGUAAGACACCUUAUCCUGGGCUAGAUCCAGUAGGUGUAGUAGAGUUACUGGAUACUGGAGGAAGACUACAUCGUCCUUAUAAUGGAGCUUGCUCAGAAGAAAUUUAUGCAUUGAUGCUGUCCUGCUGGUGUGAGUCAAUAAAUGACAGACCAACGUUCAGUGAUUUGGCUACAUCAAUCAAUGAACUCAUUAAGCCACUGGCUAGCUAUAUGGAUUUUUCUGAUAUUGUUUAAUAAAUUAAGUCGUAGUUAAUCGUGUAUCAUAUACUGGUGGUGCAGUCUUAUCUUAGUUUUGUUUAGUGUGCUAGUCCACCUAUAGUAACACUUUUAUACAUUGUA